CCUGAGCAGUGGCUCUGUUUGCCUCUCCUGGCCAGCAGGCCCUUCUGCAGCUGGAGCCAGCGGGGCAGGCUGGUGGUGCGUGUGUGCACGUCCUGCAGGUCUGUGAGCUCAUCUCCCUUUCCUUCUUCGCAGUGUACUAACGGUCACUUGAUGUGCGCUGGCUGUUUUAUCCACCUACUAGCAGAUGCCCGGCUGAAGGAGGAGCAGGCCACAUGCCCUAACUGUCGUUGUGAGAUCAGUAAGAGCCUCUGCUGCCGCAACCUGGCUGUGGAGAAAGCCGUGAGCGAGCUGCCCUCCGAGUGUGGCUUCUGCCUGCGCCAGUUUCCCCGCUCCCUCCUGGAGAGGCACCAGAAAGAGGAGUGCCAGGACAGGGUGACCCAGUGCAAAUAUAAGCGCAUCGGCUGCCCGUGGCAUGGCCCCUUCCACGAGCUGACGGUGCAUGAGGCUGCGUGUGCCCACCCAACCAAGACGGGCAACGAGCUGAUGGAGAUCCUAGAUGAGAUGGACCAGAGCCACCGCAAGGAGAUGCAGCUCUACAACAGCAUCUUUAGCCUGCUCAGCUUUGAGAAGAUCGGUUACACAGAGGUCCAGUUUCGGCCGUACCGCACGGAUGACUUCAUCACACGCCUGUACUACGAGACGCCGAGGUUCACGGUGCUGAACCAGACGUGGGUCCUGAAGGCGCGCGUGAACGACUCGGAGCGUAACCCCAACCUGUCGUGCAAGCGCACACUCUCCUUCCAGCUUCUCCUCAAGAGCAAGGUCACGGCGCCCCUCGAGUGCUCCUUCCUGCUGCUCAAGGGUCCCUAUGAUGAUGUGAAGAUCAGCCCGGUCAUCUACCACUUUGUCUUCACCAACGAGAGCAACGAGACGGACUACGUGCCACUGCCCAUCGUCGACUCCGUGGAGUGCAACAAGCUGCUGGCCGCCAAGAACAUCAACCUGCGGCUCUUCCUGUUCCAGAUACAGAAGUAGGCGGCUCUGCUGUGCUGCCCACGCCUGCCCAGCGGCGGCUUCGCCGUGAUGUGUGACCAUCUGAGCAACGGAGGAGGAGGAGUGAAUGCGAACGUUGGGAAAGUCUGCAUGCGUGUGCGAAGGCGUGAGUGCUCACGCCUCGCCCUCUGCCCCGCCUCCCCUGUCCCAGACACCGGAGGCUGGGCCACCUGCAGAGGAAACGGUGGCUCAGGGACACCAUGGGGCUAAGCCCAGUGGCCACGCCCUGGCCCCCAGUGGCGCAGUGGGGCGCACCGUCUGCUCUGGGCCGUGCUCGGCCCCUGGGCCGGGCUCGGGGAGCACGCUGACUUCAGACGGCAUAUUUGAUUGCAAUUAAAAAGGCACCCUUGUUUCCUA